UACAACGGCUACCGGUGGCAAACCCGUGCAUAAUGAGCCACCAGACAGCAGCAGUGUGAACCAACACACGCCGCUCAUCGUGCUUUUAUGCCAUUUGUUUUUAACACGUGCUUUGCCAUUUUUUAUAUAGACUGAUAAUUGUUGAGUCUGUUCAACGACGCUCCCGCCAUCUUUUCCUAAAUAUUGACUAAUUUACCCUGAAAAAGAGACUUACUUCAGCAGCAGGCCCAUUCUAUGCUCACGUUUUCUUUUUUCUUUUUUACAACAAAAUUUCAUUUCACCAAUUAGGAAACACACUUCACGUUUGCUGCUUCCUCCAGACUGUCAAGCAAAUGUUAUUUUACUGAAGCAACUGUUGUGAAAAUGCCACACACAAAAAAAUCUGAACUGGCUUGUGGAUUGUGAAAACUGCUGACUAAUUUUCACAGUCAUCACCAACAGCUUUAAUCUGAAGUUAAAGUUUCUACGGUUAAUAGCAGGAUGCUUCGCUCUGUGUCGCUGGUACAGGAAUAUCAGCUGGUAAAGAGUUGAAAAGGAUGUGUUCACACCUGUGACUUCUACCUGUGUUUGUUACUGGAAGCAGUGGCAAGGCUACAGCAAAAAUGCACGCUGUUAAAAACCGUCUUACUCUGGCCCUGAAACUCACCCACUCAGCACAUGCAGAAGCAAGCAAAAGAGGAAGCUGGAGACCAAAGCCGAACCAAGAAUAUGUAAAGAGGAAAUAUGCAAAGGAGGGCUGCUGACAUGGCAGUGCAAGUACAUCAGUUACUGGGUGGUUCCACCUCCAACCUGAACAUGAACCUGUAUGCUACUAAGAAAACAGCAGCUGAAGGCAUGCUGGACAUUGCUUUGUUCCUGGCUAACAUUACACACAUGAAGACAGUCAUUGAACAGGGUGCAGGCUACAGGUAUUACGCCGCUGUUCUGACGCUCAUUUCCUUCUCCCUGGCUCUUCAGAUAGUGGCUGGAAUCCUGAUCAUCAUAAUCGCCCGCAGGGACCUUAACGUGGUGUCCAAUCAGAAACGACUCGACUACCUGAACAACGUUGCUACAGGCGUCAUCUUCGCCACCACAGUGAUUAACUUCUUCAUCAGCUUCUUCGGCUCCAAGAGGACCGGAUUCUUCCGCUGGCUGUUGGCUCGACUCCACUUUUGAGACACACAAAACUAUGAAAAUGUAUCCAAGUCAUGCACAGACCCACCAACAUGCUUUGCAGCAGUAUUUCAUCUGAACAGUAGCAUGACACAUUGGCCUAAGAGGCUUCAGUUCACAUUCUGACAAAGUUAGAAAACAAUCCCAUGUGUUCAAACAUUGCAUCUUAAUUCCUAGUCAGACACUUGUCAAAUUUCUCACACUGUAAUCAAACUAAAAUAUUUUAACUUUAACCAACUGUCAUUUAAACAUGCAUGGUUUUAUUUGCUCCAAUGACAUGCUUGUGCAAAUAUUGUACUUUUUUAUUGUAGAUGUCUCUACUUUUUCUGUGCAUUUUACAUGUAUUCUUCCCUUGUUUUAUGUGCCUAAUCGGUAAAAGUGUAAAACUUGUUUUGAUUUUAAAUAUACAUCUUAUUUUAAAACAUGUUUGACAUCAGUAAAAAUAGAAAACAAAACAUGAAAUGGAUAAAUAUCUUUGUGAAUAAAAAGCUAAAUAAAACGAGUGAUUAAAAAGAAAGCUAUACUUGGCUUAUUGUAUUUUUACUGAACAUUGUUAUUUUGUAUCUAUACUAUUCUUUUGGCAGAUUAAAAAAAAUAUAUAUAAGGCACCUUGGUCAAAAGAAAUGUGUCAUCAUCUGGUCUCAUGCCUGUUUUUCUCUAUUGUGUUUGUGUGCGUGUGUG